GCAGAGCCAUGGCAGCCCAGUGCCUUCUGCUCCUUGCUUGUGUGCUGGUCUUGGUGGCCCCAGGCCACUCCACGCAUAUACAAACCUUAAAGGUCUUCAAGAAAUCUCUCCCCGAUGCUCCAGCAAGUUCUCCGAAGAAAACCAGUUGGCCCAAGGACUGCAGUGAGCUCACUGCUGGCAGCCCCAGUGGUGUCUACAUCAUCCAGCCCACAGGCCUUCACCCCAUCCUGGUGUACUGCGAGAUGAGCGGGGCGGGCGGGGGCUGGACGGUGAUCCAGAGGAACCGGCAGAGCACGCAGAUCAGCUGGGCCGAGUCCUGGAGCACCUACAAGCAUGGGUUUGGGAACAUGCACACCGAGUUCUGGCUGGGCACUGAGUACAUCCAUCAGAUCACCCAGCAGAAGGUCUACCAGGUCAGGUUUCUUAUCUGGGAUGCUUCAAACAACAUCCAUGUUGCAGACUAUGACCUCUUCAAUGUGGAAGACGAGUCCCAGGGCUACCGGCUGAGGCUGGGAACGUACUCGGGAACAGCAGGGGAUGCCAUGGACUCAAAAAACCCCAGGAAUGUACACAACAACAUGAAGUUCUCCACAAAGGAUCGAGAUCAGGACACCUACAGAGGGAACUGUGCCUCCCGCGCGGGGGGCGGGUGGUGGUUCUCAGCCUGUUAUUCCGCACAGCUGAACGUCAAGGGGCGCAUAACGUGGGGCAGCCUGUGCAAAGGCAACUGCAAAGCUUCUGCCAUCCUCAUCAAACCAGCUCCCUACCAUUAG